CGUUGUUGCACAGCACGGGCGGCAGCCGUAGCCAGAAUGGCCGGCCCCGCGUUAGGCACUUUAGCACUCCAGCGCCACAGAAGGAAGCCCAAGCCGCUUCCUCAGGAGUAUCAUCUCUCUCUUCUCUCUGCAGGGCCGCCUGGGGGGACACGCAGCCUUAUGCCUCAGUCGCCGCCGCAUCCCUUGACCUUGUAGACCCUCGGACGGAUGCAGCGCGUGCUGCACAAAAAGAAGAAGAGCGAGCCCAAGUCGGCCCCGGAUCGCCGGCUAGCGACCACGUCGGCGUUGUCGCCCUCGCUCACACGCGCGGCGCUGUCGGCCUCGCAGUCCAGUGCGGGCUCAGGUCGUCGCCAUGCCGCCACUUUGUACCACCACAAGAGCGCAGCCCACACAACACUAAGCAACACACCGCCGCCACCUCGCGAUCAGGUGGUGGUGGGUCUCUCGGCCUCGACAGAGGACGAGGUUGAGGACUGGAGUAGCGAUUUCCUGGCCGCUGAACCUCGAACACGCUGGAGACGACAGGAUAGCGUCGGUGCCGAGUUUUUAUUGGCUGAUGCACUGUACAAACGGCGGAGUAGCAGUAGCUCCAAUGGCGUCGCACGACGUGGUAGCGAAGUGGGCGCGUCCAGUGGCAGUAGUGGCCACGUGGAUGAAGACGAUAGAGGCCUCUACAGUUCCUACUCGUCCGUCAAAGACGCAGCUCGAGUGACACGUACAGACCAACCAGAACAUGCCAGUGACAGCGACGAGGACUGGGACGCCGAAUUCGGAUUCGAUGAACAGACCGACGCUGCACUGGGAUCCUCGGAUAGUAUGGAUCCAACCAGACGAAGAGCGGAGAAUGGCAAUUUCUUUCUACCGAAUCUGCACGAAGUACUGGACGGCGAGACUUUACCUGACGACGACGAGAUGGACGACGCCGUUGCUUUCAAUUUAGACGGAGCACAGCGACGACAACGCAGGCCGUCAGAGGAGCCGCUUUUCCAAAGAAGACGUAGCGAUUUCCACCAGUCAGGAGCGAGUAUUGAUGGCAGCGUGGACGGUAUCAGGUCCAGUAUGACGUCUGCGUCAGCGUCCUCGUCUAACGCUGUGGAGUACGCGUUAGUGGACAAGUUGAGACUAUUAGAAGUAGCCAACUCGUCCGCGUAUGCUGUCAGGAUAGAGCGGUAUCCCAAGCCGUCGAGUACAUUUAGCCAUUUGGAGCGAGACCGCACCAACUUCCCCAGUUUCACCGAGAACAAGUAUGAGCGAUGGCUGGCGGAUCUGGUGGUGCCAGACUGCGCCAUUGUAUCGCAUCACAUGGAGGCAGAACGCAACCGCUUGCCGCCUCCACGACAACUGAAGAACCAGCAGUUCCACGCGCUUGUGUCACUUCCAUUCGGACGCGAGUUUGUGGAUACUUUCUUCAAGCAGAUCACACAUUACCGGUAUUUCGGCGAGGAUAAGGAGAACAAGGAGCUGGUGAGGAUGUACUUUGAGAAGGUCUCAACCACAGGCAUGACGGACGAGAACUGGGCCCAGAAUUUAUCGCCUGUGGACUUGGACUACGUGGUGGGAUGCAGCGUCGAGAUUUUGCAGGAAGCAGCGAGACUGUACGGCCCCAAGCCGGUGGUUCCACUUGCUACUCAUCUGUCCUUGUCGAUGCUGUCUACGUCGUCGUCGGCGUCGUCUCAAGGCAACAAGACUACUAUUUAUUGGAUCCAGCAAUUCCAGGACAUUCUGGUGCAUUGCGCAGAGGCCUUUCCGCAGUAUUCGAACGUCAUUGCGCUCAUUGAGUUGCGAUACGUUUGUCAUCACUUGGCAGGCUUUGCGAGCGGCGAGUACGAGUACAAGUGGCAGAUUUGCAACCAGCUACCGGCCUUCUUGCCGCUAGAACCAGUGAUGGGCGACUCAGCGUCACAGAUCGUGAACGAAGUGCUUCAGUACUACGGCGCGUUGUUCCAGCACUUGAAUACGAGCCCAGAAAGUCGUAGCAACCGAUACACAGGACACAAAUCAUCUGGCGACAAGAGGAGUGCGCCAGUAGACGAAGCGAGGCAAUACGCUCUCUCUUCCGACGUGUUCUGUCUGCAGGCGCUCAUCCUGUGCGAUAUUCAAAGCUUGUACGACAGCAAGAGUGCGCUGGCCGAUAUCUCUCUCCCUGCGCUCGAGGAACUGAUCGAGUUUGAAGACGACGAGGCAACUGUAGACCCUAUUCUAGUCGGGUUAAUGCCUCACAACCGAGAUAGCAGGAGCAGCUCUUCCUCGUCCAAUCCGGAUUAUCGCGACAGUGGUUAUGAACGUGGUGAUCACUCGAAAGGACUGGGAGGCUGGAGUGCGAGUGCGAAGCUGUUUGAGCUCUUGAGACCUUCAUCUCGGAGUCGUAACUCGGCACUGAGCUUCUUCUACGAACGGAUAUCAGCAGCAAAGUUCCCGCUCGUGAAGGCCAAGUGCGCGUGUGUUCUGGCUGGUAUACACGUGUCCUCUACCACGUCCCAUGGCAACCUCCGAGUGGCGGAAUCUCUCGCGUAUGAAGCAUUGAGGUUAUUAGAAUCGUGUUCGAAGAAAUCGGUGAUUAAAUUGUCCAAGAUACCGUCGCUACGCAGCCGCGACAAGACUGUACCAGUACCCUAUCUCAGCAUAUUUAACAACGACGGACUUCUGUCGGAUUUGGGUCGCGAGGCGCUCGAAAGUCUGGGCAACAUUUUGAUCAAGAAUAACAAGUAUCGCUACGGCAUCCUGUGUCUGGAGGCUGCUGGCGCUCUUUUCAGUUUCCUGAACCAAGGCUGCGAGUACGAAAAGCUGGAUCGACUGCUGUGCAAGCUCACAUUGGAGGCUGAUGAUGUACAUCGAGCACUGCCGCUGCAUGAGAAGGUGACGUGUGCAGCUCAGCGACAAGGCAACAUCACGGUGUAUGUGUAUUUAACACAGGAGAUGACCAAGCUGUGGAUUCGAGAAGGAAACUUUACGCGUGCUGAGGAAUACUUGGCAACCGCUUGCCAUUUCCUGCGAGACCACACGAACCUGCUGCCGCCACACUUCCUGUCGUCUGUUAUCAAUGGAAGUUACUCCAGUAGCGAAGCUCCAUCCAGCCGUAGCGGGACGAUGAUGACGGCCACAUCUAGUUCCGUGUCAUCUUCGCUUUCGGGUUCAUUCCACCUUUCAUCACGAAGUACAGGGAACGCCAGUGAGGUGGAUACGUGGCUGAAUCACGACAUCAACUUGCACCUGUUGGUUCGAGAUGUCUACCGCUCUAGUGGUCGGUGUUUGGAAGGUAUGCGGGUGCUGGAACAUCUUCUGAAUUACAGCUCCCGACUACCUCGUGGGAAGCGCACACAGCUGAGAAUGUUGCUGGCUGAAGAUGCUCUCAAGAUGCGGAUGUUUGACACUUGUCGUCACAUGUUUUCGCUCAUGGAGAGGGAAGCUACAGCCUUUUGUGAUCGUCUGCAGGAGAACAUUAAAGGGUUCAGUGGACCAGGCAGUAGCAGUGGCACUGGACCUGGAACAAGCAGCAGCGGUGGAGGCAGAAGUCUUGGAGGUAUGGGCAGUGAGGCUCGCUACUGCUUCGACAUGUCGUUCACACUCCGUUACAUCGUAUGUCGUGUCAAGAUGUAUCUCAAGCUCAAGGACUUUGGCAACGCUUACGCUUGGCUGUCGUUGGCUCACGUCAAAAACGAUCGUGAUAAUGUCCGUAAACAAGCGCAGCUGUAUGUUUUGGACGGGAAAGUGCUCCGUGCCUUUUGUCGAGAACAACAGGAGCGCGAGUGGGAGAGAAGACGUGAUGGCGAAGAGUCGACUCGACGAGGACGUACAGGCUCUACUUUUGUCGGAAGUGUCGUGUCUCCAGCUCAAGUGGAGGAAAUGCUGAAGCCUUUGGGUGUCUCGUUGUAUGGCCUGAACAAAGACGAGAAACAGCGCUUGAACGAGCGGAUGGUUCAGUUUGCCACGUGUAUUCGCGACGUCGACAAGGCGGAGGAACAGGCUCAAAACGCAUUCUGGACGGCGUUCGAUCUGUAUCGCGUGCUGGACGACAGUCUGUAUCAACUGAAGGUGUUGCUGGAGAUCGUCUCCUUCAUGCUCGCGCCUAUUCAACGUUCAUUCUUCGCACUCGGCAGUAACCAGGACGAUGAGAUGCUCAAGUCUCAUUUGCAUCGUCGAAGUUCAGGUAAAGAAUCGUCUGGAGCGUUGGAACUGGAGGAUUUAGGCGGUGACGACACGAUCGAGAAGACGCGGAAGACGUUGCUGGAAGCGCAGAAGCUGCUGCGUCCUGCACUGAACUUGGCUGAGCAAGUGGCGAGUCCCGCGUGUUUCCUUCAGACGUUGAUCUUCUGCAGUGAAGUGUGGGUCUGGCUCGAGCGUAUCGCGUCGUAUAAGAGCGAGAAACAUCUGAAGGAGGCCACAGCGUUCUGGGAGGAGGCUGUGCGUGUCAUGAAGGGCGUUUUCUUCCGUCGUGUGGCGUUUCAUGACGUCGCUGACGCUCAGAUGCUGCACUCGUCGGGCUUUGGCAACGACUUCUCGAUGCCUUUCGCGCGUGGACUGAACAAGGGACGCUUCUGUGUAGUUCCGAUCUUGAACUUUAGUGAAGGAUUCAUCGUCAAACUGGAAGCCAUGACGCUGCAGCUCAUCCUUGCAGCCUGUCAGCUACAGCUGUUUGAACGUGUGCCAGAAUACGUCGAAGAGACGCUGCUGGCUCAUCUGGACGAGCUGCUGAGUGCUCGAAUGUGUCUGAGCAGUAUUGUGCAUCAGUUGCAGACGUUCCGAGCUCUCCAGAGAUCACACAAGCGUUUGCCUCCGACUGGAUCGACGUCGAAUCUCGCAGCUGCGAUGCCCUCCGGCUCGAGUGUCUCUGUGUCUAGUGUCGGCAGUAACAACUCGAGAUCGUCUUCAUUCUCUGCGGUGAUUCCAGUCCCCUCGCCUCAAAUGAGUGCAAGCGGGAAGCAGGUGGCGUCUACGCCGUCUCCGAGUGGCGCGGGUGUAGCGGGCAAGCGAGCUGGUCACAAGAAGAACCAGUCCAUGUCGUCGAUCUCCGAGUUGUUGGCGUCUAAUCCGUACCAAGAAGGCGCUGCUUCGUAUGGUGCACCGGGUGGACUGAAGAGCUCCGCAACGCCUCGAACUGGUCUCGCAUCUUUGAGUGAGCGGCCGAAUGUCCCUCCUCCGUCUACGGCUACCGGAAAGUCUGGAGCUAGUGGACACACUACGAAGAAGAGUAGCGAACGGAAGCCACGACGGUAUACGCGAGAGAGAUCACGCUCAGCUCCGCAGCCAGGAAUGCCCAACCACCCGUCCCCAAGCGCAGAGUUGGCUUUCGACGGCCAUCUCCAUGAAGGAGGAAGUAUGCCGGUUCUUGCCGAGUCCGGAGAGAGCAGUGAUGGCUCAUUGAAGCGCACGUCGUCCGUCAAAUUCAUUGAUCUUGGUGAUCUGCGAUCGUUGCCCCCUGGAGAAGACUUUGUACUGGGCAGAAGCGACGGCUUUGGACGUGACGAAGGUAGCAGCUCUAACGGAGCUAUUGGUCUGUGUGACUUUGAUGAAGUGCAGUCUGAGAAGCUCUGGUGGAUCUUUAACCUGUGGCGCAAUGCCAAGUCCAAGUACGUAGAAGGGAAGAUCGAGACGUCUGAGUUCCGGUCGUGCAACUUGCGUUAUCUACGGACAUUAUUGGACGCGUUUGACCCGCAACAGAUCGCUGUGCUGUACUUUAGAGGACCUGAGAGUUCGUCGAUGGACUCUGUCGUAACACCAGGUGGCACUAGAGUUCCGUCCGAUGUGAACACUGGAAACCCCAAUGGAAUGCUGGACUUUGACGUCUCGAGGAUGAAUUCUCACGCGUUAAUUCAAGAUCGACAACUGGUACUAUCGAUUGGCUACGAGUAUUCAGGUGAAGUUCGAACACCGUUUGGAACACACCCGAAGCUCCAGUUCAAAGUGUUUGGUGUCCGUGAGGGCGACACACGGCCGUGGCGUCAGGAGAUCCCACGACCGGAUUGGUAUCUGUCCGAGUACGACAUGUUGGAGGCUGAAGACGCUGCUGUUGGAGCAGGAGUUCUGCGCACGAUGCGACUGCUUGGAGCCAAGUUGUUGGUCAAGUUGCUAGGAGUCUUGCUGCUGGAGAACUCCGUUGUGGUCGUAGGGAACUCGUACCCGCAGAUCCAGGAAGUGGCCACGAGUCUGCUGAAGCUACUGGAACCGUUCCAGUGGCAACAUACGUUCCUGCCGUUCGUGCCCGUGACGUCCUGGAGAUUCCUCCACGAUGCUGUGUAUCAGCAUGCGCAGGCGGAGCUGGCGGCUCGACCGAAGAGCCGCAGGUCGUUCUCUAGACUCUCGCACGAUUGGCGGGCGUGGAGCAGUGGAAGUGGUAGUGCAGCUGGAAGUUCGUACUCUUCGUCCCGUGGCAGCACUGACAGUCUCUAUGGAGGGACCAGCUCGACUGGAUCGGUGGAGCCGACAGAGGAAGAACCGCCGUUCUUGCUGGGCGCUACAGCCGAUACAUGGCAGAGUUGCUUGGCGUUCUCCAAGAAAUGUGGCAACGAUCCUCGCUUGCUGUCGUCGUGUGUGGUGGUGGUGGAUCUGGACGAUGUGGACUCGCUCGCGACCGAUAAGACGCUCCGGAAUGCUGUACCUUUGCCCAAGAAGUGGCGACGACAGUUCUUGGAGCGAAUUGAGAAGAUCACAAGGCAGCGACACAAGAUGCGCGCGAAAAUGAGUCGCAGACACUCGUCACAGCAGCUGGUAUCGAGUCGUGGACCCACGACUCCGGCCUCGUCCUCUGGCGUAGCGUCGAUGCGGUCUCCAGUAGGAACGUAUCCUCCGAUGGACGUGACGCUGCGUAGCUUCGACGACGUGCACAGUACGAGUCGCUCGGGAUCCAGUUGGAUGAUGACUCCAGUGUCAGCCAGCAACGUGUCCGAUCCAGACAGCAACUACCAAGGUGUACAGCCAACAGACCCCAAUGGACUUGACGAGAGGAAACACUACGACUCGGACUGUGCUGCUGCGUUUGUGAGUGGACUGCGUGAGUUCUACGACAAGUUGCUGGUGUUGUGUGCUGAGAAGGAACGCAAGGCCAAAGGCAGCAAGAAGAAGAAGACUUCGAGCAGUAGUGGCCACUCCAAGCGACAGGAGAUCAAGUCGUGGUUCUCGUCUUCUCACGACUUUGACGCGUUCGUAGACAACUUCCAGAAUACGGAUCUACUCGAGGCGUUCGAGAAAGAGAAGGCAGCAGCACAGGAGGAAGCACAAGCCCAAGCUCGAGCGAUGCUUGAGCGUCAGUCCAGCGAACACGAGGUCAGCUCUACCAGCAGUGGCCGAAGUACGCGCUUCGGUACGACCCCAAAGGCUCUUGUCAACUCGUUCACGCCACAGCAACUCAAGAGUUUCGGCAGCUUCAGCAGUUUGACGGCCAGCAAUCGAAGUUCCGGUGGUCAGGAGCGGAGACGGUGAAGAGGGAAGGUAGCUUAAAAUUGUAGGAAGCUUAACUAUUAUUUAUCCGCAAAGUUUUGCGAAUGUCAAUGGGGACUUGGUCGUUUCUUGUUGCUCG